ACUGAUGUAAGUUGGUAUUUUAGAAAGUCGGUUCUAUGUUUGUAUUUGUAAGAAGCCGAGAAAUGUACUGAGUUCGGUUCAUUUUGGUAAACCGAGGACCCUCAGACUUCUGCUACCAGGUGGUGGCGCUAUAUGCCUAACCACGCCUGUAAAAUAAGGAAGAAGAAGACGGGGCUCUCACUAAGAACUACACGGGCUUGUAUCGUCUAAAGGCGAAGCCAUGACGAGGUGGGCGAGAGCCAACAACGUCCACAAACACAAACCAGCCGAGGCGACUCCCUGGAAUCAGCUCAGGUCAGCCGGAAGAAGAAAAGACGGAGGUGUGCCGUCUCAGACGGACCCUCUGAGAAAGACCUGCGCUUCUGCCGAGAGGAAGCCCAACCGCAAGAAGAAAGAGUACACCAGCGAGGACGUAAACGGGUUCCUGGAUUACCUGAAGCAGAGCGGUCAGGGCGGAGGCAGGGAGGCGGAGACGGAGCUCAGGGAGACGGUGGAGGUGGCCCUGAAGAAAGACAGGAGGAGGGAAGACAGGAGGGUGAAGAGGCAGAAGGACAAGAAGAGUAAGAUGGUGUGCUUUAACUGCAGGAAGCCAGGUCACGGUCUGGCCGACUGUCCAGAAGCCGACAGAGACGAGGAAAUGGGCCGCGGCAUCUGCUUCCGCUGCGGCUCCACAGAGCACGAGAUCCAGAGGUGCCGAGCCAAAGUGGACCCAGCACUGGGUGAAUACCCGUAUGCUAAAUGCUUCAUCUGUGGUCAGACUGGACACUUGUCACGCUCCUGCCCUGACAAUCCCAAAGGGCUCUAUGCUCAAGGCGGCUGCUGUCGUGUUUGUGGUUCUGUGGAACAUUUCCAGAAGGAUUGUCCGGAGCACCAGGCAGCAACUAACUCCAUGACUCUGGGCUGGUUGUCCAACAACAUGAGCGCAGACCUGGAGGACGUUCACGUUCCAGUGAAGAAAGCCAAACCCAAGCAGGCCAAAGUGAUAACCUUCUGACCGGACCUCAGAGGACGUCGGUGCCUUCGCCUUGCGGACUCUUCGGAACCGGACCGAGGGGUCAAAAUGUGACUCGCGGUCACUGAAGUUUUGUUUCAAAUGUUUCCUGUGGCGUUGGCUUGCACAGUCUGCUAGAGGUGAAGCGUUUCACCAAAUAACAGAACUGAGGAAAGCCAGACUGUCCAACCUGAGCUGUGCACCUCUGGUGUUCAUGUGUGUUUGCAGAAUGUAUUAAUUAAGUACGUCUGUUUUAAUUCACUCAUCAACUGUGCAGCACUUCUAAUACUGACGGAAUAAAACUAGGGCUGCAACGUACAAUCAUAUUGGUAAUCGAUUAAUCAAUCGAUUAUUCUGACGAUUACUAUAUUUUACAGUUAUUUCCUUUAACUACCGAAGCCUCUUCGGUGAUACACAAUACAUUAAAAGAAAAACAUAAAAAAUUGA